AUGCAGGCUGACUUGACAUUGCAGAGACUCAACGGCUUGACGAUAAUGGCUACUUUGACGUAUCAAUUCCACUUAACGCAAGUAGCCGUGGCUGGUCAGAAUGUUUACGAGGAUUACCAAGUUGAAAUCACCAAAAUUGAAUGGCUAAUGCCAUAUGUGGUGCUCUCGGAUAAACAUAAAAUUAAAUUGCUCAAUCAUCUGGAAAAGGAUAGACCUAUCACCAUGAGUUUUUGUAGCUGGGAGCUAUACGAGUAUCCAUUGUUGCCCAGUAAAUCGAAACACGUGUGGACUGUCAAGACUGCCAAUCAGCUGGAGAAGCCUCGCUUUGUUAUUCUUGGCUUCCAGACAAAUCGUAAAGGACGCAAAACAGCCAAUGCUAGUCGCUUUGAUCAUUGCAAUAUAAGCAACGUUACACUUUUUCUCAACUCUCAACACUAUCCCUAUGGAAAUCUCAAUCUCAAUAUUACUAAUAAUCAGUAUGCUCUACUCUACGAUAUGUAUGCCAACUUUCAAAAUGCUUACUACAACAAAGAGGUAGAACCAAUGCUGAAAAAAGCCGACUAUCUGUCGUAUGCCCCUCUCAUUGUCAUUGACUGCUCAAAACAAAAUGAGUCACUUAAGCAAGCAUCAGUUGAUGUACGUCUCGAAUUUGAGGCUAGGGCAAAUAUUCCAGUUGGCACCUCUGCAUACUGUCUCAUCCUACACGAUCGCAUAGUCGAAUACAACCCUAUGAGUGGAGACGUGAAAAAAAUUGUUUAA